AUGGCAGCAGAGGGCGGAGUUGUGCGGUGCAACUGGCUUGACCCGGAGAUUGUUGACGAGCGCUUGAGACCAUAUCGAAAGAAGGCUAGGACAGAUCCCAUCGCUGCUGAGGAGGGUGAGAAGGCCGGCCUUGCCCAGUUCCGCACAGCUGCAGGAGAUGCCGCGCGCAUCCAGCUGCGAGGACCUGUCUUUCCAGAGGCCGUUGUGAGGGAGAAGGCUUCGCAUCCACCUCGAUUGCGCGCGGCCGGCAUACUGAAAGGGGUCGCAGAAUCCUUAGUGAACCGAUUGGCAGUGCUUCGCAUUGACAAUUUCCCCGGAUCAGGCGACCCCGUGUUUGGCACGCAGCAUGAGCUCCGCAGGGGCUUUCGGGCUCCGGACCUUUUCGGGGGUCUUGCGGCAGCCUUCCAGGGCCACGUGUGCUGCGGGCUCACGAGGCUGACGCUGCAAGGAGGUUUCCACUCUGCCGAUUCUGUCGCAAAUUUUUUGCGGCUAGCCAAGCCUCCUCUGCAGUCCUUCCGCUGCCGGGGUUGCCUUUUCCACGGGCGUAACUUUGAGAUGCUUGUGAAAGCUCUGAGCUCGGUAGCUGCGGAUCUCAUAGAGUUCGAGACAGAUGCUACCAUUGGCGGCCAGGAUCCCUUCGGCCUCAUUGCCGCUUCCUUCCCAAACCUGCGCAUGCUGCGUGCGAAGAACAUUUUCGGCAGCACAAACUGCAGCGAAGGGCUGCAGAGGCUGGAGCAGCUCGAGAAAAAGCAGUGCAGAUUGCCUAAGGACAGCCACAGGCUGUAUGGGCGCCCAGCAGUGCACAUGGAGACAGGUGUUGUGUACUGGGGCAUCACAUCCGACUAUCAUGACGAUGGCUUCCACGGGGAGGGCAUUUGGUGGGAUGAUUUGGAAAUUCCACUGGAGAAUUACAUGGAGUGGCGUGUCGGCAACGGCGUAACCCAGGCCGGAUGCCUCCAAUUCAUGGAAGAAUGUGGCAUCCAACUCUGGGCGGAUCUCGAAGAUGACGCGGUUGGCAUCAACGACGCAAAAUCGGAGGUUGUUGAUUCUGAUGUGGAGCCGGACCAUGAUUGCGUGGUCGUGCAGCUAGAGCUGAUCAGCUCGUCUUCCGCGAACGAGGUGGUGAUCACUGCCAGCUCAUUGCAGGGCAGGCAGUUUGCCGAGGUGACUAUGGAUCCUGGCAAGAUGCUGGUCCGGACUCUCGUGGACCAGCUAUCUGAGAAGUACCCUUGCAGUCCAUUCGCAAUGCGCCUUGUACUCCCGGGCGGCUCCAUGGUUUCAUUGGAAGUGGGCAACAAGGUCCUGGCUUCGGUGCUGGCCUGA